AUGGGGCAUCAAGAGUACUCCUCAGAAUUCAAGAACCAAGUGGUUCAAUUCAUCAUUGGAAGGUGCAUCGGCAUUGUUCCUCCUCGCGACACACUUAAGGAAGCACAGCUCAAAUUCAAAAUCUCUCGUCAAACCUGUACACGGUGGUGGAAUGCUGCAAAGAAACAACAACAAAGAGGAGAAUCAAUGCAAUUGGUAAGUCUAAAAAAAGUGAGGUCUUACCCCAAAAAGUUGCAUCUGGAUGUUGAGGUACUCAAGAGUAUGCAUUUCUCAAAGAGAUGCAACCUCUUAAGUGUGGCAGCCGGUUUGGGCUGUUCAAAAGCCACUGUUUGGAGGUGGGUUAAGGCUAGCCUAAUUAGGCCACACACAUCAGCCAUUAAGCCCAGCUUAACAGCUGCAAACAAGUUGUUGAGACUGAGAUUCACAGUUGAAUCUUUAGAACUAGACAGGAUCUUGAACAAGAUCAAGUUCAGGAACAUGUACAACACCAUACACAUUGAUGAAAAGUGGUUCUACAUGACAAAGGAGCUCAAAGAUUCUAUCUUGCUCCAGGAGAGGAAGAACCUCAUAGAACAUUUUGUCGGCCAUUGUUUGGUGUUAAUGGUGAAGUCUUGUUUGAUGGAAAAAUUGGAAUUUUUCCAUUUACCAAACAAGUUCCAGCCAAAAGGUCAAGCAAAAAUAGAAAGGCAGAUAUUACCUGCCAUCAUAGCCAAGUGGUCUGAUGGGGCAACUAAAGUUCUCAAGAUACAACAAGACAAUGCAAGACCACACAUCAAAGACAAUGAUCCAGCUUUCAAAGAAGCUGCACAACAAAGUGGUUUCUCAAUAUCACUUGUGCAACAACCACCUAACUCACCUGACACUAAUGUCAAUGAUUUGGGUUGGUUCAGAGCAAUACAAUCACUGCAAACUCAGACUGCAUGCAAAAAUGUGGAUGAUUUAGUCAAUGCAGUGGUGCAAUCAUUCAAUGAAUUACAGCCACAGACUUUGGACAAUGUUUUCCUAAGUCUUCAAGGCUGUUUUAUGGAAAUCAUGAAAGUCCAGGGUCAUAACAGCUACAAGCUGCCCCACAUAGGAAAAACACAUUUAAGGAGGACUAAUCAACUUCCAAUGGAUCUAGAAGUUCCAGUGGAGCUGGCUAUGCAAGCAAUUGCUUAUCUGCGGGACCAAGGGAGCAACCAUGGAUUGGAGAUGAUUGCUCAGUCAUUAGGAUUAUGA